CUGCGGGCGUGUGUGUGUGUAUGUGUGUGUGGGGGGGAUCCUUAACUGGAUUGGCCAAAGCAUAGCAACAGGUCCGUCGACAGUGUCAACAGAAACCGAGUGACACAGUGCGGCAGCUGAUGUGAAACCGCAGUGUGAAAGUCAGCGUGCGGCACCGAGUAAAAAGGGCGCUAUAAUAAGUCUCCUUUGCUGGAGGCUAAACAGAUUCAGCUCAGCUAUACCUCUCCUCAUAAGACAUCAGGAAGACAUGAAUUUAUGUGCGAUCACUCACUCAAAUAUGUAAGAGUGAAGAGACAUAGAUCCCUGCUUCUGGACACAUGGCUGGACGGCUGCAGGGCCGGAGACAGGGACAGGAAACAGGCCCCAACAGGGACGCGAACAGCCUUCUGUCCUCACCAGCAUGGCUGAGGGUAAACGGACUGAAGGCGAGCAAGCUCACGCUCCCCCAGGUCCUCACACAAAUCGGCUUCAGGCAAAGGGAAGAUUACGUUGCUUCUCUCGGGAGAUCGGUCUGCUCUCAGUACGCCAGAGGGCUGUUCACACGGGUGGGGAAGAAUGGAUCUGUUUAUAACCUGACCGCAAGUCCUGAACAGCUGGAGGAGCUUUGCGAGAGAUUGGACCAGAAGGCCAGACUCUUCCAACAUCGACUGGCUUGGCUCACAAGCGGCAGUCGGCAGAUAUUCGGGGUCAUCCAGGAGCGUAGCGCCGCCCUAGUGCUGGAUUUCGGUACUGCAAGUGGGGGCCAGUUCCGCCUAGGCCAAAGCUCUGUGUGCAUGGUCAUCAAGGAGCAGGUGUCUCAGAUCGCCUGGUUCAACCUUAUUCGCCCUGGUCCGGUAGCUGAGCUGUGGCGGGGGAUAGCAGAGUGCACGUCUCCCACUAACAUCGACGCUGCUGCGGCGUGGGUCUGGGGAUUGGGCCCUGCAAAGUCCUCUCCUUCAUAUACUGCCGACGCACUGCUUGCAGCCAUAGGGGACCCGAAGCUAGAGGCUGUAUACUUGUUUGCUGUGGGAGACGGCAAAGUGGACACAGCCAGACUGCUGAGGACGAGAAGAAUGAAAAAUGCCCAAGCCAUCCACUGCGUGUCGUUCAACGCCAAGAGAAAGGAAACCAUUAAAGGAUUAAAGGAGUUAUCCCACCGUACUGCUGGGAGGUUUCACGCCUUUGCUGAGAUGAGCCUGUUUGAAGACGUGUCACAUGACUCGGGAGAGGGGGAUCAUGGGAUUGCAAGUCGUCAGAUGUCAGUCAUGCCCAUUGGAGGCCUACCUCCAGGGGAGGCCGUCAGGGAGGACGUGUUCCUGGUGUGGAGGGAGAUGCAGGACGCGUUGACCACCAGGGCUGAGAUCCAGGAGCUGCUGCAGGAGCUUAAUGCAACAGUGACCCCUCAAGAUCCUGGGGGGCUCGCGACCGCAGUGUCUGAGGACUGUCUAAGUUCCAAAUCGUGGCUCUCCUACAAUGGGCUGAAGGUGCAGAACCUUUCACUGUACGACGCACUGGCGGACUGUGCCUUCCGCCAUGCGGAUGGCGUUGAGGUCGCCAUGGCCAAGCUGCCUGAUGUUGAACCGAAAAACAAGUUAGUCAAUGCCAAGUACUGCAGUCAGUUUGCACACAUGACAUGGGUAGAUGGCUCUGUGGUGCAUGUGUAUGUCACUCCGGAGAAGUCCAGAUGGUACAGAGAUCGGAUGGAGGAGUCCCUCAAGAAGCUCCAGAGAAGGCUGGAGUGGUUACAGCAGGGCAGCAGGCAGCUGUUUGGAGCAGUUCUGGAGCUGCAGGUGUACAUCCUCAUAGACACCUCAGAGCCCAUGAAAGAGCACCUUCCUCUGCUGAAGGACAAGUUCUACCAGCUUAUACAGGAACAGCUUAGCUUCAAAGCCAAAGUGAACUUUGUGGCAUUUGGCUCGCAAGUGGUCUCCUGGAGGGUGAGGUUGACGGAGGUGUCUGAGGAGAACCUGGAGAGGGCCUGGAGCUGGGUUCAGGGCUUACAGGCUGGUGGAUCCACCAACAUCCUUGAAGCUCUGCAGGUGGCUCUAGCAGACAUCGACACACACGCUGUUUACCUUCUGACCCACAGUGGCCUGGACGAGCCCACAGGGACGAUCCUGGCCCGAGUGCAGUCGGAUCGGCCGGUCCCGAUCCACACUGUGUCCUUCAACUGCAGUGACCCGGAGACCAACUGCUUCCUGGUGGAGCUGUCCCGAAAGACCGGGGGCAGGUACCAUAGCCAUUGCAGCUGCUCUGUGGAUCCCGCAGAGAAUAUGCCCUUUGUGAGUGAAGAUACCCACCUUCUGAAGGAAGAGAUCAAGCAGGGGAAGAAUGACCUGAAGACUGUUUUGAGGCUCAGGGCAGAGUGUGUCAUGCUGGACUGGUAUCACAACAGGGGCAAUAAGGAAGCAGAAAGGAGCUGUAGGCGACCCCCUGCUGCUCCUCGCCCCCCAGGCAGCGCGAUACGUACCCCGAGACCUCACUUGGCCACGCCGCGUGGUCCAUCCUCACAGGGACGUGACCCCAGUCCAGCAAGCCAAGGAACGUGGCAACCAGCUGCACUGCGGGAGUUUCUGGAACAUGCCGCUGACGUUGAGGACGGGGACGGAGCGUCAUCCCAGGACUGGUCGCUGCCUGAGACACAGGCCCUCUUCCAGAAGAAUGUCGACAAACAGAACUGGGUCCUCGACAGUCUCCAGGCGACGCCCACGGAAGGCGACCGAAAGAGAGAGAACGGGGAAGAGGCGGCUCUGUCCCUCGAUGUGCCUACAGCUCGCUGGCUACAAACAAACAGCUUGGUUGCCAGGAGACUCACCAUAAUGGAUGCUUUGGCUCCCACAAUCAUCCGACAAAAGGCAAAAUAUAUCCCCAUUCUGGACACAAAUGUCCAUUCAAAAGUUUUUGAUGAGGUCUCGCCACUGGCCCUUGGGAGUAGCGGCUCACAGCGGGUUGUCCUGCUCAACCCCCUGGCUGUGGACCUAGAGGGGUACAAAGCCAGGCUACAGGAGACCCUGACAACGUACAAGAGGCGCCUGGAAUCGAUUUUCUGGAACGCGCUGAGUGAGGAGGUGAAAAGCAAGUUUGGCAGUGAGGAGCCAGUGGUUUUCACGGAGCACCGGGAUGCCUUGCUGCGGACUCUGGAAGACCUCGGUUGUCCUCUGCCUAGGACUGAUGUGGACUUACUGGAGGAGCAGGUCCACCUUGCCUGCUCUUUCUUACAGCAAGCCUCAGAUCUGCAGCAGACUAUCAAGGAGAAAGCCCGCGACAGGCACCCUGACCCUGGGACCAGAGUGGAUAGCCGACCAGCUAAAGACUCAGGGAUGAAACAGAGGGGGGUCCUAGACGGCCUAAGGGGUCAGAGCGCAAUCGGCAGGUCUGAGACGGACGGCUUCUAUUACACCGGCACUAUUAGGAGAUACCUGAGUGGCAAGCGAGUGAUGAUGGACUUCAAGAGCGGCCAAUCAGAGGUCGUUCCUUUGAGGUUCCUUAUCCCCAUUGGAGGCUCUGGGCCCCGCCCCCCAUUGGCAACGGGAGAUUUCGUGCUUGUGGGCUCUGGGAACGAAGGUGCGGGAAACUGCUUCGUCCCAGGGGUUGUCAUAGCAACGCCUUGCAGACUGGACGCCAAGGACAAACUGUACACAGUUUUCAAAUUCAACGACAGAAAGGUACAUGCCACACGCAACAAGAUCAUCAAAAUUAGCCAAGCCCGGUACAACCUCACCUGUAGAUACAUCAGGGAGUGUGAAGGGAGACACGCAGGGGUGUCUGAGGAUCUGCAUGGUGCAGAUAAAAGUUCGGAGCCAAAGGAGACGAGGAUGGCGGUGACCUGCAGCGCGCUAGAGAGGUCAAACCGCCUGAAGAUUACGGGCCAUUCCCAGCAAGAAGCUCCCUAUCCAGGGGAGCGGGGAGAGCAUGAAUAACCUCCAAACGGAUGCAGCCGCGGGUUGCUGUUGCCUCGUGUCACAGGGGAGGAGCUUGAUGUCACAGGGGAGGAGCUUGAUGUCACAGGGGAGGAGCUGUUGCCUCGUGCCACAGGCUUCAGAGGAGGAGCCACACGGAACGGCACUCCACUCCUGGACCCCCUCCCCAAGACGUCACUGUCCUCCCUGUCCUGGAACAGCAGCCAGAAAGCCCCACCCCUACAGAGAGUCCGCAGUGUAGACAACAGGAUGUACACAAGUCUCACUGGUGUCCAUUUACAAAUCACCAUAUUAUUUGUAUUAAGAGGUCACUUUCGGGUAAAAGAAAAAAAGGAAAUAUAGGUGUUUAGGAUUUGAAACUGAAGUUGUAUGUUUUAAUCAUUUAUUUUGCUAGUGUACGGAAUGUACUGGAAAACACCUUCUAAACAUAUCUAGAACAUAACUAUUUAUAUAUGGGAAAUGUUCUCUGCACAAACACAAUGCAGGCCAGUAGCAGGGCCUUGGUCACCAAUGUCAGAGCUGGAAGAUGUUUUUCCCCAUAGUUACCUUUGAGCAUUCUGGGUAACCUGAAUUAAGGCACUGCUCUGUGUAAACACUGUUACCUAGCAAUAAGAAAGUAAUUACAGGCAUCAUGACACAUGA